AUUUCAACAUUCUAAUGAAGCAAAUCAAUUCUAGUUUAAUUCAAACACUCUGGGCAAAAGCAACACACAGCGUUCGGAAUAAAAUAUGAAAUUUGUCUACAGUAUCUGUAUUUUGGGUCUGAUGGCUGGGAUCUCCUUGGCUGCCGUGCAAAAGGAUUCCUAUCAGGUCAUGAAGGAGAUGGCCGCCAACAUGAAGCCAAUGAUCGAGGCGGUGUUGCGUGACAUGCCCUCUAGUCCAGCCUAUCGUAAAUUCAGACAAGAUUGGGAUGGCGUUCUGCACAUUUACACCGAACACAAAGACGAGGAGAAAUGCAUUCAAAAGGUUAAUCGUAUUGUGCAAAGUUUUGGAAAUAGCAUCCGCAAUUAUAUGAAGAGAACUGCAACGGCUGAAGAGAGAGAAAUGAUGAGAUUGUUCAUCCAGCAUGGAUUUGAGCAAUUCACCGAUAAAUAUGGUCAAAUGUUACGUUCGGCCAGUGAUCCUCAAUACGAUGUGACGGAGAGAUGCUAGAGGUUGGUGAUUGAAACUCUGUGAUUUUCUGUAUAAAACAUGUAGAAAAAUUAAUAAUAAAUCAAAGAUUAACGAA